AUGGCUAUUUCGUAUUGGCAAAGAGCUGCAAGUUAUGGGCAGACUAGAAUAUUUGACAUUUUACAGUUUGUUGCUGCACAAUCAACACCUGCUCCUCGUCCUGCUACUCAGAACCACAAGCUGAGGAACCUCCAUCUCCUACCUCUAGCACAACUUCAAGUCAAUUCCAGAAGGAGCGAGAGUGUUACACCACCCAAGUCGCCUGUGAAAGGUUCAAGUAUUCCUCCUAAGUCUGCUUUAACCCAGAGGUCUAUUUCUCAUACUGAAACCACCAACAAAGUUGCACUAGUUAAGGCAGAGCCAAAGCAGAAUGAAGCAGCAGAGUCUUCAUAUUCUGGUGCAAAUGAAAAUGGGAACCCUCCUCCAAAAGAAACCCUAAUGGAAGAAAGAAUUCGUGUUACACGGGACAGACUAAGAAAAACUCGAUCAACAAAUCGUUAA